CCUUGGGCUGCAGGUGCUGCAACCCCCACCCCGGCCGGGCUCAGCUCCUGCAUCCUCCCCCGGAGACAGCCCGGAGCUGCCAACCCUCCCCGCACCCGCUGGGCUGCGUCCUCCUCCCGUGGACCCAAAAAGCGAACUAAAAGCUUUGAAUGCAAGAAUGUGGCUUCAAGUUGUGCUACACCUUCUCUGAAAAGGGCUGUUACUAGCCAAAGUUGCUGCUGUUGAAGUUUGUUGUUGAACCCUGCUGAAGUCUCCUGUCUUGUCUCAAUACCCCACCAGUACAAUGAGCUUCUUCUCCUAUUUGGACCCCAGGAGGAUCCAGUGGGGUGCCACAUGGCACGCCAUGCACUCCAGGAUCCUACGCACCAAACCUGUGGAGUCAAUGCUGGAGGGGACGGGCACCACCACCUCUCAUGGGACCAAGCUGGCCCAGGUGCUCACGACAAUGGACCUGGUUUCCCUUGGAGUUGGAAGCUGUGUUGGCACUGGAAUGUAUGUAGUGUCUGGGCUGGUUGCUAAGGAGAUGGCUGGGCCUGGAGUCAUUGUUUCCUUCAUCAUUGCAGCAGUUGCCUCCAUUUUGUCAGGUGUUUGUUAUGCUGAGUUCGGAGUGCGUGUCCCGAAAACCACAGGCUCUGCCUACACCUACAGCUAUGUGACAGUGGGGGAGUUUGUGGCAUUCUUCAUCGGCUGGAACCUGAUCCUGGAGUACCUGAUUGGCACAGCAGCUGGCGCAAGUGCCCUGAGCAGCAUGUUUGACUCCCUGGCGAAUCACACCAUCAGCCGCUGGAUGGUUGACAGUGUUGGAACGUUAAAUGGACUGGGGAAUGGAGAGGAAUCAUAUCCAGAUCUUCUCGCUCUGGUUAUUGCUGUCAUUGUAACCAUCAUUGUGGCCAUGGGGGUGAAGAACUCUGUGGGAUUUAACAACGUGCUCAAUGCAAUUAACCUGGUAGUGUGGCUCUUCAUCAUGAUCGCUGGGCUUUUCUUUGUCAAUGGCAACAACUGGUCUGAAGGGCAGUUCUUGCCAUUUGGAUGGUCUGGGGUGCUAAAAGGCGCAGCUACUUGUUUCUAUGCCUUCAUUGGCUUUGACAUAAUCGCCACCACAGGAGAAGAAGCUAAGAGUCCCAACACCUCCAUUCCCUAUGCGAUCACGGCUUCACUGGUCACAUGCCUGACGGCAUAUGUAUCUGUGAGUGUAAUCUUAACUCUGAUGGUGCCGUACUCUGCCAUUGAUUCUGAAUCCCCUUUGAUGGAAAUGUUUGUAGCCCACGGAUUCUAUACCGCUAAAUUCAUUGUUGCCAUCGGAUCUGUAGCAGGAUUGACAGUGAGCUUGCUGGGCUCCCUUUUCCCAAUGCCAAGAGUCAUUUAUGCCAUGGCUGGUGAUGGGCUGCUCUUCAGAUUCUUGUCCCAUGUGAGUUCUUACACGGAGACUCCAGUGGUGGCUUGUAUUGUCUCAGGAUUUCUAGCAGCACUGCUCUCCUUGUUGGUCAGCCUAAGGGACCUGAUAGAAAUGAUGUCCAUCGGCACACUCCUGGCCUACACUUUGGUGUCUGUUUGUGUCUUGCUUCUCCGGUACCAGCCAGAGAGUGACAUUGACGGUUUUGUCAAAUUCCUCUCUGAGGAACACACCAAGAAGAAGGAAGGGAUUCUAGCUGACUGUGAGAAGGAGGUUUGCUCUCCAGUGAGCGAAGGGGAGGAGUUUGCUGGCCCACUCACCAACACGUGCGGUGCAAAAAAUCUGCCAUCGUUGGGUGACAACGAGAUGCUCAUUGGGAAAGCAGAUAAACCCACCUACAACAUCAACCACCCCAACUAUGGCACAGUCAACAUGACCUCAGGAAUCGAGGCAGAUGAGUCUGAAAACAUUUACCUCAUCAAGCUGAAGAAGUUAAUAGGGCCACGUUAUUACACAAUGAGGAUUCACCUGGGACUGCCAGGGAAAAUGGAUCGCCCGACUGCAGCUACUGGCCGCACUGUCACCACCUGUGUGCUCCUGCUUUUCGUCCUGAUGUUCAUCUUCUGCUCUUUCAUCAUUUUCGGUGCAGACUAUAUCUAUGACGAGAGCUGGUGGGCUAUUCUCCUGGUGGUUUUGAUGGUCCUGCUCAUCAUUGCAUUGGUAUUUGUGAUCUUGCAACAGCCAGAAAACCCCAAAAAGCUGCCAUAUAUGGCACCUUGUCUCCCUUUCGUCCCUGCAUUUGCCAUGUUGGUGAAUAUUUAUCUCAUGCUGAAGCUCUCCACGAUUACAUGGGUCCGAUUUGCUGUCUGGUGUUUUGUGGGCUUGCUCAUUUACUUUGGCUACGGCAUGUGGAACAGCACACUUGAGAUCAGCGCCCGGGAAGAGGUCCUUCAUCAGAGCACAUACCAGCGCUAUGAUGUGGAUGUUGACCCGUUCUCAGUCGAAGAAGGCUUUUCCUAUGCUAAUGAGAGUGACAACUACCAGGACUGGGAGCCUUCAGAAGACAAAGGCUUCUCUUACCAGCAGAUGUCGGAGGCAAAGGAAAGCAGUCGGACGAGUAGCAAAUCGAAAAGCAAAGGCAAACACAAACAGAACUUCGAGGCCCUGAUUGCAAAUGAUGAGCUUGACUACUCACCAGAAUAGGCAUAACACAAACAAAACCACAAUGCUAUUUCUCACUAACCUAACCCUUGGGCUAGAAUGUGAAGGCUUCUUUGGCUCUCAUUUUAAAUUCCAUCCUUCCUAAAAUUUCAGUGCCCAGAAUCACGUCACUUACUCACUCAGUUUUUUACUCUUCAGGAUAGUUCUAUAAAAAAGUUUAUCCUGAAUUCUGAGAUUGUCACAUUGAACAAAACAAGCAAGUGACCCAUUUGGAGUCCACCAGCAUGGCCUAUCUUGGUGCAUGUUACCAAGUGGGCCAGCACGUGGAUGGAUUGGGUGACUGGAAAUUUCUUUCUAUGUCUAUUAAGCAUCCUAUUGACCUCUUUUGGCAGCACUGACAAUGUGAUUUAAAUGAGACAUGUGCCAAAUAGGGUGGGUUUCAUGAGAGCAGUUACAUGACCAGGUGAAUUGGUGGGGGCAUGAGACAUAUUCUCUGUGCUUUCCAGAGAGAAUAUUUACCCCGUGAAUAUACUGGUGUGAAGCAACGUAUUUGGCAUUUUCUUAGCAAGUAUAUUUUUUCGUUGAAUUUAUAGAAAGAAAACCUUUGCUAGCUAGGUGUAAGCAUACUGAAGCAGUAAAAUCUUUCCCAAGGGAAUCUCGGGAGUAGAUUGAAAGGAGAUCCAGGGAUCUUGGUCUCACAGAGCAACAUUUUAAUCCUCCAUUUCAGCACCAUGGCACUCACUGCAAACACCAUGGCUAGGGAUGGGCCUGAACCAAACUUCAUGAAUCCAAACACUCCAAGCUUUGGGAUUAAAAUGCAACCUUCAUGGCUUGCACCAUGCUUUAGGACAGACCAGAUCCCAGCACAUCUGAAUUUCUCACAUCUGGAUCUAAGCUUUCUGGUUUGGGCCCAUCCUUAAUCAUGAUGAGGGCCACUCCUCAUCUAGGCUUAAUUCAUUCCUCUAUAAAUACUCCUAAAUAUCAAACUCCAUUUCUCUUGGUACCAUAAGUACCAAGGCUUGGACUCCAUUUCCAUCAUUGUGUGUCUUCUGCUGAUUCACUGAUCCCUAAUAAUUCCCGCUGGGCACAGUCCAGAUUGUCAUUCAGAUUUCAGUUCUUCAGAUGAAGUUUCUAUUUAUUACUUCAUGUCACAUGGGUCAUUAACUUUAGGUCGUCACUGGACAAUAUUUGUGGCAACUGUAGAUAACCAGGCCACUGAAAUCUCAUUCCUUGCCAUAAACUAUACUUUGUAUUAAGGAUCCUUAACUUGUAUAUGUUUUUGAGCUAUUUAACCACUGGACUGUUGGGUGCUACUAUGAAAAAUACUGAAGUGCAACUAGCUACUGUAGUUAAUGAAAUUCCAUAG